AUGAACAUCAUGUCGCACGGAACUGGCAUUAGCCAAAAGUGUUGCCUCGAAGCUUUCAAGCGCAUCUUCUUCGACUUCGAGUGGACGCCCAGCCUCCUCGGCGCCCAGCCGGCGACUCUGCCCUGGCAGUGGCGGCGAGGUGCCAGAGGCGUGGGCUCGGGGGCACUCAGCGUGAGCGCCUGCUCCUCGGACUUGCCGAAGGACCCACCUGAGAAGCAGGAUCCGCUGGUCACUGAGGAGCAUGCCGGCUUGGUGCGUCUGCGCCGCGACGGCCCCGGGGCCCCUCUGGGGCCGGUGGCCCCGUCCAAGCACCCACGCUUUGCGGGGAUUGCCACCUUCGCGCGGCUGCCGCAGCUCCACGAGCUCAGAUCAUUCGGGUCGGCUGCGGCGGCCACCCUCGAGGUAAGGCAGUCAGAGCCGGGUGCCCCAAGCAGCGCGGUAUCCCUUGGCGGCCCCUGGCACGACUUGGGAACCUCCGCCCUGUCUCUGCCCGUGAGCUCCGAGGACGGCUCCGUUAGCAUUCGAUUGGCCGGAGGCCAGAAGACCUUGGGCCUCUGGACGCUGCCGCAAGACCGCUGGCACCGCGCCGGCGGGGUGGACCUGCGCCUGACCCGAGCGCCCGGCGAGGUGGACAUCGCCUUCCUGGGUGUUCCCUUCGACUCGGGCUGCAGCUUCCGGCCCGGCGCCCGCUUCGGCCCCGAGGCGAUCCGCAGCAACUCGCGGCUCAUCCGGCCUUACAUGAUCACCCAGCAGCAGCGCCCGCUGCUGGACAGGCAGGUGGUGGAUACCGGUGACGCCUCACCCACACCAUUCAACAUCCAGCAGGCCGUGGAGGAGAUCCACGCGGCCUGCAAGCAGAGACUGCAGAUUGCGCGACGCUUGGUCGUCGUCGGGGGCGACCACACCCUCAGCUACCCCGUGAUCAAGGCGGUGGCCGAGAAGUUUGGCCCCGUUGUGCUGGUGCACUUCGACUCCCACCUGGAUACCUUCCCGCCCAUGUACGGCCAGCAGGUGUGGCACGGGGCGCCCUUUCGAAAUUGCUGGGAGGAGGGGCUCCUGGCCAAGGACGGCUCCACCCACGUUGGCAUCCGGGCGACGACGUACUCGGCAGAGGACUUUCACGACUCCGAGGCCAUGGGCAUCGCGACGUUGACGGCCGAGGACGUGCAUGAGCGAGGGGUUCCGGCCUGUGUGGAGGCGGUUUGGCGGCGGUGGCGCCGCUCUGGCAAUGCCCCGGUCUACCUGUCAAUAGACAUCGACGUGCUGGACCCCUCUGUGGCCCCGGGCACGGGGACCCCCGAGUUCGGCGGACUUCUGGCGCACCAACUGCUGCAGUUCAUCCGGGGGCUGAAGGGCCUCCCCAUCGUGGGAGCCGACGUCGUCGAGGUGGCGCCGGCCUACGACCAUGCGGGGAUCACGGCCAUGGCCGCCGCCAACCUCCUCCUGGAAGAGAUCGCGCUCAUCAGCAGCUGCAUGGACUCUGACGGGAUGGAGACCCCAAGGGCCCCCAUUUGA